UAACAACAAAACAUUGAAUGAAAUUAAUAAUACAUUUAAUUAAACAAUAUUUGAAUGAUUUGUAUAUAAAUUGAUUUAUUGUCCAAACAAUGGAUUUACAAAAUAUGAAACAUUUUUUACAAAUGACAGACAAUAAUGACAUGAAUGAUAUGUCUGAAGAAGAUAACGAAGACUUGGAGGACGAGUUAAAUGCUAUUAUUAGUGGUAAGAUUUAUACGACUAAAGGUAAACAAUCAAACAUUUCAUCGGCGGUUAACACUAAACGUAAUCAACAAGUGGUCACUAAAGACAAUAAAAUUAAGAAAACAUCAAAAUUUAAUGAUAACAGCAAUUUUAUGUUGUCAAACGAUUUAUUAAAUUUUGAUAAUUUGGAAGUAAUUGGAAAUUUAAAUGAAGAUAUAGAUGAUUGUGAUGAAGAUAUAGAUGAAAAUGACGAACAAUUUUUGUCUGAAAUUAAAUCAAUUGUUUCGGACGAAUCUGUGGUAAAUAGAGAUAAUAGUAAAAAUGAAAGCAAACCCUUGCCAUCAACACAACAGAAUUCAUCGCAAAUUGAUUUACAAUUCAUUAAACAAAUGGACACAAAAAAUAUAUUACCAGUGAUGACUAAAAGUAAGAUUGAGACGACAAUGGGAUCAUCAGAACCGAUGCCUAAAAGACAACAAAUGAUUACAAGUGAAGUGAAUAGUCAAUCGGUUAAUUCAAAUGAGACAAACUCUAUAAAUCAAACGACACGUCUUAUAACUUUGAGAGAUGAUUAUAAAAAAGCCGCGCUUUCGGCCAAAAAAUGUGGUCAACAAAGUGUUGCUUUAGCUCACAUAAAAACAGCAAAACAAAUUGAAAUCUUAAUUAAAGCCUUAGAAGAUGGAAAAUCUGUUGAUUUAAGUGCAUUACCCGAAUCACCAACUAUUGUAAUGCCCAGCACUUCUCAAAAUUCUGAAAAAGUCAUUACUGAAAACCAAACUCCAAGUCAAACAAUUGAAUCAAAUGACAACAAUGAAAGUGUAGAUCAGAUAGAUAUAGAAAACGUUGAAAUAACAGAAGAAGAUGCCAAAAAAUAUUUUAAUGCUCCGCCACCACCUAAUACUGUUAUGGAAGCAUUAGAUCAAAGAAUGACUAAAUUUAAAUCAACAUUAGAAGUGGCAAACCAAGAGAAUAAUUCUUCUAAAUCAAGACGUUUAGGAAGAAUAAUAAAACAAUACGAAAAUGCUAUCAAAGACUACAAACGCGGAAAACCUGUUGAUUUUGAUGAGUUACCCACACCUCCAGGAUUUGGUUCAAUUCCUGUCCCUAAUUCUGGUCCACAAAAGACUGAAUUUUCAAGUGUUAAACAAACGAGUGAAGUCAUAGCAGAAUCUAAUUUAAAUAAGUUACCGAUUUCUGCAAACAAACCACUAAUUGAUAGACGACAACAGCCACCACCACCACAACAAUCACAACAAUCACAACAACAACAAACUACAACAAAAGACUCAACGCCUCCAAAAAGCACUCAAAAACCACUUCUUAAAAGAGCCACUUCUACGGCAAACAAACAAUUAAAUUAUCUUUUAGAAAGACAGAGACUUUUCAAAGAGGCAGCACUUGAAUCGAAACAGAAGGGAAACAUACAACAGGCUAAAGAAUAUUUAAGAAUGGCUAAGGGAUUUGAUCCAUUGAUUGAGGCCACACAAAAUGGUUUGCCUAUUGACGCCACUUCUAUACCAACUCCACCACAAAUGACAGAUGACUUUGUCAUUGUAUCGCAUACUGAGUCUUCAGAUGUCAAUGACUUAGAGAGAGAAGAAAUGUUUCGUAAAAUUGAAGUCGAAAUGCAGAAUCAAAUUGAGAUGUGUAAAAGAAAUAGAGAAUAUUUUUUACAUUUGGGCGAUAUAUCGACGGCAUCUAAGUUUGAAAAGUAUGCGACCGAUAGCUGUAAAGAUUUGGAUGUAUUGUUAAAUCGCUGGAGAAAUGGUCAUAAAGUUCCUGAUAUUAAAUACGAAACGCGAACUUUUUCUAUAGUUAUUUGUAAUACCGAAGUGGCUAUUAAUGAAGUGUCUUUAGAAGUGUUAAAAGCCAUCGAUAUAGUGGGCAAACCUGAUAUCGACACUUACAUCAAAAUUGAGUUUCCAUUUCCCAGUGAUAAAAAUCAAACAACGCGAACAAAAACUGUUAAAAACAGUGUGAAUCCAGUAUUCAAUGAAACAUUUAAGUUUCAAAUCGAUCGUAAAUCACGACAAUUACCACGAAUUUUCAAAAGACAUCCUUUGAAAUUGGAAAUCAUAUCCAAAGGAGGAUUUCUCAGAAGUGACACAUUAAUAGGCACUGCAGUCAUCAAACUGACUGAUUUGGAGAGUAAAUGCACUAUUCAUGAGACCUUCACUUUAACAGAAGGCAGAAAACCAGUCGGCGGUCGCAUUGAAGCAAAGGUUAAAAUUAGGGAACCAUUACUCGCUAAACAAGUAGAAGAAGUCAAAGAGAAAUGGCUUGUUUUUGUCUGAAAUAUUUAUUUUUAUUUUAAAAUUUAAAGUUAAUUUAAAUAAAUGAUUUUAUAAUAUA